AUGUCGGCUGGUCAAAGUUAUUAUGAGUUCUAUAGAGGAUCAAGUAUCGGUACGGCGCUCACUGACGCUUUGGACGAAUUGAUUACUCAAGGUGAUAUACCUCCUCAAUUAGCUAUGAGAGUAUUGCAGCAGUUCGAUAAAUCUCUCACUGAAUGUUUACAGAAAGGUGUCAAGAACAAAACUACCGUAAAAGGUCAUUUAGCAACAUAUAGAUUAUGUGAUGAUGUCUGGACGUUCGUGGUGAAAGAUCCUCAAUUCAAGAUGGAAGGCACUGGUGCGGGAUCUGAAAUCGUCACAGCACCCAAAAUCAAAAUAGUAGCUUGUAAAAGUGGUGAUGCGCCUGAAGGCAAGAAGAGUGGAGCGAAAGGUAAUGAUUUCGCUUGA